GCCUGCGCCUCAGCCAGAAGCCUGGCGGAGAAGGGGUGUCCCACCAUGCAUUGCAGCAUUACAGGAAGAAAGGCAGAAACUUCUAGUCUACUUACUCUUUUUGUAUAUAGGAAUGAAAGUUUAUUUAAAUAUUGAUUUAUGCCAAAUCGAGGAAAGAGGCUGUAUUCAUCAUGAGUAAACGAAAGGCGAAGGACAUCAACUUGACAGCCGGGGAAUGUCUUUCAGAGGUGCAGAGAUUGCUGAGAGAACGUCUCUGCCAUCAACAUCUUCCCAUAGGACCAGUUGGGAUGGAAUCGCAGUACAAACACUUGCUGGAGCUGCUGAAGCGGACAGCUGUUCACGGGGAGAGUAACUCUGUGCUCAUCGUGGGACCCAGAGGGGCUGGAAAAACAAUGCUUCUCAACCUCGUCUUGAAAGAACUUAUGGAAGUGGAUGAAGCCAAGAAGAACAUUUUGCUGGUUCGGUUGAACGGUCUGCUUCAGACGGAUGACAGGAUCGCCCUGAAAGAAAUCACUCGUCAGCUCAACCUGGAGAAUGUAGUCGGGGACAAGGUCUUUGGGAGCUUUGCUGAGAACUUGGUCUUCCUCCUCGAAGCUUUGAAGAAAGGUGACCGUAGCAGCAGCCGGCCGGUGCUUUUCACCCUGGACGAGUUCGACCUCUUCGCCCACCACAAGAACCAGACGCUCCUCUACAACCUCCUGGACAUCUCUCAGUCUGCGCAGACGCCAGUGGCCGUGGUGGGACUCACCUGUCGCUUGGACGUGCUGGAGCUCCUGGAGAAGAGGGUGAAGUCCAGGUUCUCCCACAGGCAGAUCCACCUGCUGAGCACCAUGGACUUCCAGAGCUUCCUGUGCAGCGUGGAGCUGCAGCUGAGCCUACCGCCGGACUUCCUCGACCGCAGGUUCUCCGAGGACUGGAACGCCGGCGUCAAGGCGCUGUGCAAGGACAAGUCCGCAGAGGCAGUCCUGAAGAAGCAUUUCAACUCCAGCAAAGACUUCCGGUCUCUGAAUAUGUUGCUGAUGCUGGCAUUGAGCAGAGUAACUGUGUCCAACCCGGCCAUCAGACCCACCGAUCUCCUGGAGGCCAGCCGACUCUGCACCUCCGACGCCAAAGCCAACAUCCUCCAUGGCCUGUCCAUUCUGGAGCUGUGCCUCGUCAUCGCCAUGAAGCACUUGAAUGACAUCUACGACGGGGAGCCCUUCAACUUUCAGAUGGUCCACAAUGAAUUCAAAAAGUUUAUUCAAAGAAAAUCUCACUCCGUCCACAAUUUUGAGAAGCCUGUGGUUGUCAAGGCCUUUGAGCACCUACAGGAGCUGGAGCUUAUCAAACCAAUGGACGGGAGCACUGCUAGAUCCCAGAAAGAGUACCAACUAGUGAAGCUAAUGCUGGACCACACCCAGAUCAUGGAGGCUCUACAGAAAUACCCACAGUGCCCCACUGAUGUCAAGCAGUGGGCUGCGUCUGCUUUCGGCUGAUCUGGAACACUACUACUCAAACUGUUCUCCUCUAGUGCAGUUGUAAUUUUUGUAUAAAAUGAACACUGAUUGGCUGAUGAUAAAAUUAUUGGCUGAUCUGGAACACAACUACUCAAACCGAAAUGUGUUCGCUCCUCUGGCGCUGUUGUCAUUCUUUGUAUAAAAGGCUGGUACAUAAUUCAGGAAUACACUGUGUGUAAUGAUUCUGUCACCCAUGUCUGGUCCACAUGUUUUUUUUUGUUUUUUUAUAAAGAAAACUAUUAAAUAAAGCAAAACAAAGUCAAAGUGUACAAUUUCUCUGUAAAUGUAACUGAAUGAAUGAAUAAAACUUCCAUUUUCAGCUGGUCAAA